UUGAAUUAAUAUAGAUUGUGAAGCUAAAAGCUUUCAACAAGUUUGAAAAUACAUCAGAGGCUUUGUCUGCUGCAACUUUGCUAAUAGAUAGUAAGCCCAACAAGGGUUUCCAUAAGAUUUUUCUCUCACUGUGAUGGUGAAACAUUAUCAGUAGCUGACUCAAAGCUUGGUAACGCAAUUAAGGAGAAACUGGUUAGUUUAUCCCUCUUCUGUAAUUUUAGUGUCCUUUGUAUGAUGUUUUUCUUCAAUUUUCUAAAAAGAAUAGUUCUAGGGCAGACCCAAACUCAGGGCCGCCACUGUUUAGACCAUGGCCGCAGUUAACAAAAGUAUAGAUGCUUCCAAUGAAGGUAGAUUCAAGCCUCCACAAGAUUUUCAAGAGGAUGAGAGAAAUUCUCUUAUUGAAUCUGCUUUAUCAGAUAAAUCUGAGCUUUGGCUUAUUCAAUGGCCGAAAGAUCAGCUUCCUGAUUUUGAUGGUCAAGAACUAUCUCUCAAGCUUAAUAAUGAUGGAUUGCUCGGAAAAUUUGAGGGUUCAUCAGGAAAGUCAUAUGAUGUGAUCAGUUAUUCAGCACUUGCUCCAGAAGCAAAUGUAUUCACCUCAUCUAAGAUUGCUGGAAAGAUUUCUCGUCGUGUAUCGUUUGUUCACUACCCUGAUCCAAGUGAAAUCCAGAAACCUGUUAACAGUAGUUUGAAGCAAUUAUAUCAGAGAUCUUCAGGAACUGGAACUUCUCGGACCCAUUCAUCUCACACUUUUGCUACUCCAACACGAAGUAGUCAUAAGUCAAAAAGCUCAAAAUCGACAAGUAGUAAAGGGGGUUCAGCAUAUAUUGGAAGAAAUCUUAACUCGGUCUCUGAGGCUGGGGAGACACCAAAACUAGGAAAGAGGAAACAUAACGAGGAACAUAGUCGUGAACAGUCGUUGGGUAAAAGCUCUGGUUCGAUCCAACAUUCAAGUGAAAAGAAAUUAAAGAAAAAACAGAAAGUUGAGAUUUAGGAUUAGAGAAGGGGAACUGUGGCAUUUAUCUUUGAAUUUGAAGUAGGAGAAAUAUCAGUUUUCUGCUUUAUGCUAUAUAAAGUAUAAACCUUUCUGUACAAUAUUUAUAUCCUUGAAGUCAUUUUUAGAACAAUUAUUAACUUAGUAUCUUUUUAUCUUCUACAGCUUGUUUGGUGUAGUUUAUUUUAUUUUUUGAAAAUAACCAAUUAUUUGAGUUAAAUGACUUUUUAUUUAAUAUUUUAGAUGAUUUGUAUGUUUUGAUA